GGUGGGGCGAAGAGGAAAAAUUGCAGCCGCAGUUUUUCUAGGGAGUCACUGGGAGUAGAGGCCCCGGGAGGCGGAGGAGCAGCAGCCUGGAACCAUGGCGGCGGUGGUGGCGGCGGCAGCAGUGCGGGCUCGGAUCCUGCAGGUUUCUUCCAAGGUGAACUCCGCUUGGUAUCCAGCAGCCUGCUUCUCAUCUUCAGUGCCAACUGUAAAGCUCUUCAUUGAUGGGAAAUUUGUGGAAUCCAAAAGUGACAAAUGGAUUGACAUCCACAACCCAGCCACCAAUGAGGUCAUUGGUCGGGUCCCUCAGGCCACCAAGGCUGAAAUGGAUGCAGCUGUUGCUUCCUGCAAACGUGCUUUUCCCACUUGGGCAGACACUUCAGUAUUAAGCCGUCAGCAGGUCCUGCUUCGCUAUCAACAACUUAUUAAAGAAAAUUUGAAAGAAAUUGCCAGGUUAAUCACACUGGAACAAGGGAAGACCCUAGCAGAUGCUGAAGGAGAUGUAUUUCGAGGCCUUCAGGUGGUUGAGCACGCCUGUAGCGUGACAUCCCUCUUGCUGGGAGAGACCAUGCCAUCCAUCACCAAAGACAUGGACCUUUAUUCCUACCGUCUGCCUCUGGGCGUGUGUGCAGGCAUUGCUCCGUUCAAUUUUCCGGCCAUGAUCCCCCUUUGGAUGUUUCCCAUGGCCAUGGUAUGUGGCAAUACCUUCCUCAUGAAACCGUCAGAGCGAGUGCCUGGAGCAGCUAUGCUGCUUGCUAAGCUGCUCCAGGACUCCGGCGCCCCCGAUGGAACACUGAACAUCAUCCACGGACAACAUGAAGCUGUAAACUUUAUUUGUGAUCAUCCGGAUAUCAGAGCAAUCAGCUUUGUGGGAUCCAACCAGGCAGGAGAGUACAUCUUCGAGAGAGGGUCAAAACAUGGCAAGAGAGUUCAAGCCAAUAUGGGAGCCAAGAACCAUGGGGUAGUCAUGCCAGAUGCCAAUAAGGAAAACACCCUGAACCAGCUGGUCGGGGCAGCUUUUGGAGCUGCUGGUCAGCGCUGCAUGGCUCUUUCAACAGCGAUCCUUGUGGGAGAAGCUAAGAAGUGGCUGCCGGAGCUGGUGGAGCGUGCCAAACACCUGAGAGUCAAUGCAGGAGACCAGCCUGGAGCUGAUCUUGGCCCUCUGAUCACCCCCCAGGCCAAAGAGCGAGUCUGUAAUCUGAUUGAUAGUGGAACAAAGGAGGGAGCCUCCAUCCUUCUUGAUGGUCGAAAAAUUAAAGUCAAAGGCUAUGAAAAUGGCAACUUUGUUGGACCAACCAUCAUCUCAAAUGUCAAGCCGAACAUGACCUGUUACAAGGAGGAGAUUUUUGGCCCAGUUCUUGUGGUUCUGGAGACAGACACUUUGGACGAAGCCAUUAAGAUCGUAAAUGAUAACCCCUAUGGAAAUGGAACUGCCAUCUUCACCACCAACGGGGCCACUGCUCGGAAAUAUUCCCACUUGGUAGAUGUUGGACAGGUGGGUGUGAAUGUCCCCAUUCCAGUGCCUUUACCGAUGUUCUCCUUCACUGGCUCUCGAUCUUCCUUCAGGGGAGACACCAAUUUCUAUGGCAAACAGGGCAUCUACUUUUACACUCAGCUAAAGACAAUCACUUCUCAGUGGAAAGAAGAAGAUGCUACUCUCUCUUCACCUGCUGUAGUCAUGCCGACGAUGGGCCGUUAGACACGCGUUUGUUCCAGACUCAGUCCACCCUAAGUAAUCUGUUCUUGACUGCCUUCAUUUGCCAACUUUGCUCAGAUCAGAUGCCUGAGAAUGGAAUACCUUGUAACUAAACUCUUUCUCGGGACAUUAACCCCUGCAAAGUUGCUACAGGGAGACUCCCAGUGUAACUCUGAAACUGUGUUUUCACUUACUCUUCAUGCUUCCCUUUCUGAGGUAACUGUUGUUAACUGUGAAAUGCUUAUCUGGAAUGAGAGCUUAGACCUGUUUUCCAAAAAUUCUCCCUUUUUCUGAUGACUUGAUGGGAAAAUUAGUGUUUGUAAAGAUUCUCCGUAAGUGGAAGAGGGCCUCUUGGGUGGGGAAAUAGGAUAGAAAUAACUCACCCUUUGGUGGUUGGCCCUCCAGCACAGGCUUACACCAGUGGGGGAGACCCUGGUGCCAGGCUUUUCUGAGCCUCUCACCGCACACUAACCAAGUUAUAGUCUGUCUCUAUUUAUCCCACAGUUGCAACAGCUGCUUCUCUCUUUUGCUGAAUGCUACUUUGUCCUAGUGAUUCAUGACCACUGAAUUCUAUCAUUGUCUCUGUUCCUGCUUCUUAAAACCAUUUCUCAAGGAUACCUGAGUGUGCACUGGAUAAACCAAUUUUUCGUCGUGUGUGCCAAGUGUUAAAUUUCAGGCUUUGCUUCAGCAAUCAUUAAUUAAUGCUUCAGUGAUUAACUCAGAUGCCUUCUUUUUUUUCUUUAAAGAAACCCAUUUCAAAAGUUAUCUUAGACCCAGAAAUCAAGGGGUGUUUGCCUUAAGCAAGUCUGACCUGAUAGUCCUUGACAAAUGUUUUAUGUUGCUCUUUCCUCUUGUCUGCAUUUCUCAUGAAUGAUACUUUUUAGUGAAAGAACACUUAAUGUAGAAUAACUGACUAGGGUCUAAGAAAUUUUAAAGGUUUUCAUGACAUAAAGUGUAAAAAAGAAAUGCUCUGACAAAUUCUCCUGCUACCAUUAAUUCAGCUAUCUUUAUUCUCUUUGUUUCUCUGAUGUAGCUAAACUGUAAGUCAAAGAAGAUACCAAUGUGGUAAACCGAACAGCGUCUUUCUUUUGUUGUACGUCCCAGCUGAACCUUGUCUUUCGGAUGCGGUUUUCACCCAGUGAACUGGUUCCGAGCCAGUGAAUAAUCUCUGGUCUUUAGCCAGAUGACACAGGUCACUUAUUUUCCUAUUUCCCUGCUACUCAUGUGGAUAAUGCUAGCCUACUCCAUGGGAUUAAUUAAGGAUAGUGAAAACCUUGAAAAUGUUUGUGCACUUUACAUAUUUUAAGCUUAUUACUACCACCUACUGGAUAGAAUGUAAAAAUUUUUAAUCACUUAAUGCAGCGAUUUUCAACCUUUUUAAUCUCAUGGCACACAUAAACUAAUUUUAAAAUUUCACAGCACGCCAAAAAUAUAUUUGUUGCCAAUCUGACAAAAAAGGUAUAAUUUUGAUUGAUUUAUCAAAAAUAUUAAUAAAAUUAUCUAACCUUUUUGCUCCAAAGUGACUUUUUUUUUUUAAA